UAGAACCCUAAGAAGGUUCAAACAAAUACAGGCCAUUUACCAUGUUUUUAAAGGAAAAGAACAGAUAGAUUAGGUGCAGAUCAAGUUGCUUCCUGAAGUCUGAUGUAUAAAUUACACAGCAGUGACAUCUAGUGGCAGAAAGUAAAAUAAUAUACUUUGGGCAAUAUCUUGUCUGAUUUCAGAUAUUUCAUUAAACCAAUUUCCCAAACUCCUACUAUAAUUUGACUGGAGCACAUGAGCUGCAAAUGUAAAGUAUGUCAAAAAACCUUCCCUAGGUCUCAAAAAUACAUGUCACAAAUAAAGAACACAUUCACACAUUGUGCAAUCUUCCUUUUGUAGCUUUACAUCUUGUUUCUGUUACGUCUCAGACUUGCUCUUUCUAUGCAUCGAGUCAUAAUCCCAACAUUGCUCACUUUUACUUAUUGUUUUUAAAUUACACUUUGCUCACUGUUGGGGACUGAGGGAGUGGGGACAAAGUUCACAGGACGCUUGUAAGAAGGAGGGGGUGAAGAGGAGGAAGGUUAGAAAAAAAGGAAAAUUGACCUUUGAAAGCAAAACAGCAGGUGGAGAGCUAAAACCAGGCAGCUCAGGACACAUCAGGAGCGAAUUCAACACAGGAAAAUGAAAGUAUACUUUCUCCUAAUUUGAAGAGAGGCUGAUCAAGUCAUUAUGAGGCCCAACAGUGGCGGUCCAGCUGCUAUUUGAGUGUGACAGAACACAUGCGAGUGCUGUUUGUUUGUGAAGCAGAAGUGUGAUAAGAGACAGGACAAAUGGAGGGAGAGGAGAGGGCAGCCAAAGCAAGGCCGAGCCGUUUGACCGCCCUCCAGGAGCAGCUCAUCUGGGCCCUGUUGGAAUCUGGACUGUCCCGGGAUGUCCUGGUCCAAGCCAUGGGAGAACUAGAGCGAAACAAGGCCACUGCUGGGGCUGAGAGGGGAGAGAAGGGAGAUGGAGAGAGCUCAGAGGAAGGAGAAAUGGACUUCCCUCCACCUAUAUUCCGAGAGCUGGAGAAGCUUCCGCCAGAGGAGGCAUCCAAACUGAGGGCUGAAGUGGAACGGUUACUGCAGGAAGACCCCUGGCAUGUUGCAAAAAUGGUGAAAAGCUACAUGCAGCAGCACAACCUACCUCAGAGAGAGGUGGUAGAGUCCACGGGACUCAACCAGUCCCACCUCUCCCAGCACCUCAAUAAAGGCACACCCAUGAAGAACCAAAAGAGAGCCGCCCUGUAUAGCUGGUACGUCAAGAAGCAGUGUGAGAUCAGCCAGCAGUUCACCAAUGCUAAGCACGGUCUAGCACCUGCAGAAGAACAAGGGGAGGAGACUAAGAAAGGACGCAGGAACAGGUUCAAGUGGGGUCCAGCGUCCCUGCAGAUCCUCUUUAACGCCUAUGAACGACAGAAGAACCCCAGCAAGGAAGAAAGGGAAGGGCUGGUGGAGGAGUGUAACAAGGCCGAGUGUCUCCAGAGAGGGGUAUCUCCCUCCCAGCUAGCAGGUCUGGGCUCCAACCUGGUUACUGAGGUCCGAGUGUACAACUGGUUCGCCAACCGCCGUAAAGAGGAGGCCUUUCGCCACAAGCUGGCCCUGGACACAUCCUUCACCACCCAGUCGGCUCCCUCCUCCAAUCACGCACUUCCUCCAAGUCCUGAACAUGGUGUGAAAUACAGUCAGCACAUAUUAUGUGAGCCAGCUAGCUCAGUGAGAAGCAGCGCAGGGGAGCGAGUGGGGCAUCUUGUGGUCAGUCCCGUCCAACUGGAACCCAGCCACACACUCCUUGAGAACCAUAACCCUAAGCUGGUGUCCAGCAGUGGCCCACUGCCCCCAGUAAGCACUCUGACCUCUCUGCACAGUCUGUCUGCCCCCCCUGCCUCCUCACAAAGCCUCAUCAUGGCCUCAGUGCCCAGCGUCAUGAGUCUCGGGGAGUCUUCUCUUCUCAUCGGUUUAGCUUCCACGCAGCCUCAGACCGUUCCUGUCAUAAACAACAUGGGAGGUGGUUUUACCACCCUCCAGCCGAUCUCAUUCCAGCAGCAGCUCCACACAUCCCACCAGCAGCAGAUACCUCAGCAGCUCCAGAGCCCCUUCAUGGCGACCAUGGCACAGCUGCCAUGUCACAUGUAUAACAAGCUGGACUCACCCCAGUACCACUCAUCCAGUUUGCUGUCUCAGGCCAUGCUCAUCGCUGACAGCAGCAGUCUGGGGACACUCACCAGUCUGGCUGCAGUCAGACAGAUCCUAACAGCAGAUCCAGAUGAAGACACAGACUCACCUAUACAGGAGGAUUCUUUACACUUGCAGCCACACACACCUGUGCCAGCUGCUUCUGAGAGCCUGGAGCUGUAUCCUUCCUCCCAGACAGAACGUCAUCAGCCUCACCUCCUCUCAUCUUCACCCACAGACAUCAGCUCCUACAUGCCUUCACAAAUGGUCUCCACAGCACAGUAAAACCUUCUCUGGCUCUUUCGUGUCUCCUGCCCUUCAGCUGGACUCUAAAGCCUGAUGGGGUUUUGGGACGGGCAUCUACAGCUGGUGUACCUUUCCAGAUAAACCUGGAGACAGAAGGCUAUAAUCACGAUGUCUCAACUUUAUUCAAGUGUAGUCACAGAAGAGACUUACUGAAAUCAGCAGAGGAUUAACAAGAUCAACACCAGCAUCUAUUUUUAUUAAAAUAAUAUUCUGUAAAAUUAAAAACUUGUAACUUCUGGUAUAACUGCAAUUUAUAUUCUUUUUAAAUUUGCAACCAAAAUGCUUUUUUUAAGUUUUCAUGAGAAUUAAGUUUUUGAAACGAGCAAAA